UGAAACGGAGGGAGUACUCCAUAUAAUAUUGUGAAAUACAAAGAAAACCAGAUGGUUAAUUUUCAUUGGCCGAAAAAGAUUCAAAAGAAUAUUCUUUUAUAAUAUUCCAACUCCCAAUACCACUAUAUAAAUCCAUCAUCAUGAGAAAAUAGAAAAGUUAUCGAAACGACGAAAACAGGAAAAACGUAAUGAGCGAGGCAUUAAAGCGAAACUAUCAUAUAUGCGAAGAGCUAGGUAAGGGACGAUUCGGCGUCGUUUUCAAGUGUUACUCACCAAAAACCGGCGAGAAAUUCGCCGUCAAGUCAAUCAACAAACUUCUCAUCGCUGAUGACUCUAUUGAUCGUCAAUGCAUUUACAAUGAAGCUAAAAUCAUGCAAUUGGUUUCACCUAAUCCUCACAUUGUUCGUAUCGAAGAUGUUUAUGAAGAUGAUACGUACCUUGAUAUCGUUAUGGAGCUGUGUGAGUCGUCUGAUCUCUUCCAACGAUUAGAGACUCAACGAGUCUUCUCUGAGUCUGAUGCCAUUGCUGUUAUGGUUCCGUUGAUGGAGGCAGUAACACAUUGCCACAAGCUCGGCGUAGCGCACCGUGAUAUCAAGCCGGAUAACAUUCUGUUUAACGACCGGAACGCGUUGAAAUUAGCUGAUUUUGGCUCGGCUGAGUGUUUCCGCCGCGGCGAGCUGAUGAGCGGAGUGGUAGGAACACCUUAUUACGUGGCACCUGAGGUUUUAGCAGGAAGAGAUUACAAUGAGAAGGUAGAUAUUUGGAGUGCGGGUAUAAUUCUGUAUAUAAUGCUGGCUGGAAUUCCUCCAUUUUAUGGUGACUCUACAGAGGAGAUUUUUGAAGCUGUUCUUAGAGCAAACCUUAGGUUUCCGACGAGGAUUUUCCAGUCUGUGUCGCCGGCGGCGAAGGAUUUGCUACGUGGAAUGCUAUGUAAAGAUGUUUCUAGAAGAUUCUCACCUGAACAAGUCCUUCGGGGUAGGGAAAGGGGAUUACGACGUGGGGAUUCAAACCCUCACCAAUAAGGUGAAAGUUCAGUUAGCCAGCCAACUGAGCUACUAGAUCCCUACGAUUUACGUAGACUUACUUGCAGGGGCGAAUGCAGUAAGAGGCCAGGGUGUUCACCUGUGUAUAUUUAAGGUAAAUUUUCUGUGUUCAUGUACAUAUAUUAACUUUUGAACACCCUGAACAUAUAUUACAGUGUAUAUUUAGGUCUAGUUAUUUUUCCGAACACUCUGAGUGAAAAUCCUGGAUCCACCACUGCUUACUUGUGUCUAUUUGUGCCAAUUAGAUGAACUUCGAAUCAUUUUUAAUCCAUUCAACAUUUGAGCACCAUUGCUCCCCGUAGCCUCCUAUGAUAAUGAAAAAUUAGAUCUUUAUGUGGAUAUAAAAAACAUACUUCUUGUUUUCCAAUUCAUGUGGCAUAGUUUGAUGGCCAAAAAGAUUUUUUUU